UAAACGUGUUUAAGACUAGGCUACAGAUGCAAUUGGGAAAUCACGAAGACUUCCUAGAUCGUGUACCUAUUGCGAUUACAUCACAUCUGAGCCACUACUUCAUUAUCUUUGAUCAUGCAACGUACUUCAAAACAUCAGACCAGAAGAGUUCUAUAUUCAAGACAUCUACGACGCUAAUGCUGCAACUGAAAUAGCUCUCAUAAAAAAAGCUUUUCUCGGAAAAUAAUCUCAAGAGCAUUUUUGAUCAUCCACUACCAAGAUGAACUGCAAUUAUUACUCCAUAGACACUAGAUCCACUUUGUAAAAUACAACUCCACUUACGUGUAGCUUUUAUAUAGCCAAACCUGUCCCUCUCAUUAGAUAAAAAAAAAAAAAAAAAAAAAAAAAUGUGAAACGUGCCCAGAAGGUGUCUUUCUUGGGAAUGUAAACAAACGAAGGAAAACAACGAGGACGGAAGUAAUUCUGAGGACUGGGCAAAACAUAAAUUACUUGAAUAAGUAAUAGAAUAUAUUGAAGAUGGAGAUUGGGUCUUCAAAAAUCUACCAGGAUUUACCCAGUGUCAUUUGUGAGCGUUCUUCAUCUUUGAUAGAUCUUCCAGCACAAAAGAAUGCUGACGAUCUUUCCAAGAAAAGGGAAUUUAAAGACUUUGUACAGUCACUCCUCCCAGAAGGUGACAAGGACGAGAUUGGUACACAGUUAAGAAAAGGGUUUUUACUGACACAGAAGAGGCAGAGAAAAAUUGCUCAGCAAGGAAAGAAAAAAGACAGUCGACCUGAUGGCAUACAACACCGUGGAAAGAAACGUUUGUCUGGUCGAGAAAAAAGAGAAUUGGGCCUACACAAGGUAAACAAGAACAAUAAGACUUUUGAAAUGUUUUUGCCCAUUAAUGAUAUGUGGAGAAGCUAUUCUAAAGAUCUCCUUGGGAUUGAACAUUAUAUUAAGAGUGGAUGGAAAGGAGGUUAUAAUGACAGUAGGACAGAAACUAUACAAAACAAAAUAAGAAGAAUAGAGUAUUUUGGCUGCUUGGUUCGAGUAACCAAGUCACGUUGCUCAGAGUUUGUAGGCACCACAGGGAUUAUCAUUAAGGAAACAAAGAAUACUUUUGUAAUGAUCUGUCCAGAUGACAGAGUGAAAACUAUCCCAAAGCUGCAUAGUGAGUUUAGCUUUGUAGUACAAGAUAUUGGCUUUUCAAUAUCAGGGAACCAUCUUCAUCAAAGAUCAGUGGAAAGGGCAAAGAAUAACUUCAAGAAAUUACAACUAUGGUUGUAAUCAUUAAUCAUUUUUAGUGUUGCUUUAUCAGAUCAUUAUAUAUUGUCAAAAAACUUUUGUGGUAUUUCUGGAAUAAAGCUUGAAAUAUCAACUGUGUUUUCUUUCUUGGAAGUAAAAUCAGGAGAUAUCUUGUGUUGGAAUGAAGUGGUGAGACUUGUUAUUGAUAUGUUGUAUUAAAAUUCAUAUGCUUUUAAUAUGUUU